UGGAACGUGUAGUUUAUGGUAAGUGUGACACAAAUUUUCAAGUUUUCGAUUUUUGAAAUAGACUCUUCCAAAGAUGCACUUAUGAGAUUUCCAAUUGCAUCUAUGGGAUUACGUUCAGAACCACAUAAUUCCCUCGUCGUGACCAUUCCAAUUCAACUGCUAUUCAUGCUGUAUACAUAUGCUACUCAUCCCAACCGGUCUGUCAUAAUUGAUAAAAUCUCAUCACUAUCGAUUAUCGCGAAUUCUGCUGCUCGCAAACCAUGUCCCUUGGAUUCUCUCUAUAUCGAAGGGUAAUACACAUUUCCAAUGAGCUCCCGAAGCUUAUUCCCAUAGGCACACUCCACUUCUACAACUUACCGCUUCACCGGUCUGAUUUGGGAGGCAUACCAUGCGAAAUUGAUCCUUCACUCGAUUCAGUACAAACUAACACCAAUAUCUGGAAAUGGCUAGAUAUCGAUCAGUUGAUCUUCUUAUGUGAAAACAAUUCCAAUUCGAUCCUCGCCGAUAUUCAAUUUCUUAUGAUCUAUCGCUACAUUAUGGCUACGUACAAGAUCAUUAGGUGGGGGCCUAUGGUUAUUGCAAAAGUACGCAUUUUUGCAGUUCCUGAGGAUAUUGAUGGAUCGCAGUAUUUUAAAGAAUGGAGGUCCUCGAGACCAAGACACCUGAGUAUAGAGAAGAAAUUCCGUGAGAAGUGGCACACCUUGAUCAGCCAUAUUGAUUUUUCACUGGAAAGUUGGGACGGUUUGAAGCUAGAUUCUCUUCUUUUGAUCCCAUGCUUACAAAUUCACCUUCCACUAACCCUUAAAACCACCGACUUGGGCUUCGAGUCUGACCCUAAGUUUCAUAUAGAACGGUGGUAUAACAGUCGACCUUUUGGCAUAAAUAUCGCCGGUACCUCCGACACUGCUGUUCAAAAGGUAUCUGCUGCUUAUAACAAUAUUCCUUCUCCUGAUAUCUCCAAAUACUAUACCAAGUCGAAAUCGGUCAGUUCCAGUAAUAUUAUUCCUUCGGCGGAGGAAGUGAUUGUCAAUCUUGUGCAUAACAUGCUGGAGGGGAACAACUCGAUUCCAGGAGUGAAAACGCAGCUUUAUCCAUUCCAAAUCAAGUCGCUUAGUAAGAUGUACGAAAGAGAAUCGUUCCCUGAAAAAACUGUUAUUCCUAACUUCAUCGAAUUGAACUCUGCUUCUUCUGGGCUCAAGUAUUAUUUUGACAUUAUAAACACCAAGUUCUUCUGGAAUCCAGAAGUGUUUCUGCAACCUCGAGGAGGAAUUCUUGCUGAAAAUAUGGGACUUGGUAAAACUCUCAUAUGUCUCAGCUUAAUUUGCCUAACCAAAUGGGAGCUUUCCACCCUUCCUCAUGACACCCUCACAAUACUUCCGGAGGAGCAGGUUCCUCAUGAAACGACUUUUCAUCAUUUGAAAACUGCCAGGUUCAAAAAGCUAGCAGACCUUUGCAAAGAGUGCAUAACUCGCAAUUCCUUGCCUUGGAAGUUCUACAAGGACGAUCUCCCUGAGUCUGUAAUUACUAAACUCAAACAAUCCCCUGGGAGUUUCAGGAUCCCGUUGGAAAACUCCCUGUAUGUUUCUCCCUUUAGCAUCCAAAGAAGCAGAAGAUCCGAAAGACUCAAAGAUUUAGAUCAAGAAUUACCGUUGGAGGGAAGGUCUUUUCGAACCUUAUAUUUUUGCAACACCACAUUGAUUGUGGUCCCCGACAACUUGUUUCACCAGUGGAACACCGAGUUAAGAAAGCAUAUUCAACCACACUUUCUACGGAAGCUUUUCAUUUCCAACCAGUUUAAGAAGCUCCUUGUGUCAGAGAAUGGGGUGUUUACUAAUGAAGUGUACGAAGACCCUAUUCAACUCAUCCAAUUUGAUUUAAUAGUCAUUUCCAACUCGAUCUUGUCCAAGCAGUUUGACGAACGAGAUGAUACACCUCUAAUGAAGAUCUUCUGGAAGAGAUUAAUAAUAGAUGAAGGUCACAGUAUGACUUCCAAAGUUUCCCGAGCAGGACUUCUCUGUCGUGAAAUGAAUGUUGAAAGACGGUGGGCCGUGACAGGAACUCCAACGUCGGGGUUGACCAGACUUCAUAUGGAUGAGGAAGAUGAGGAGGGAAAGAGUCUUGAAGACUCUCCUUCCAAGAGGAAGAGUAAGUACGUGGUGAAAAACAGUUUCAACGAAAUAGACGAUUUGAUGAAACUUGGAAACAUUGUAUCGAAUUUCCUCAAGAUCGAACCGUUCCACUCCCAACCCAGGUUGUGGAAAACCCUAAUGAUUAAUCCGUUGUUAUUGAACUUGUACGGGUCUACCACCAGUUUAUCCAAUUUGUUAGACGCAAUUGUCGUGAGACACUCACUAGAUGAGGUCGAAAGAGACAUAAAGCUCCCUCAACUUCAUCAUGUGUCUGUUUUCUUGAAGCCUUCGUUUCUCAAUAAAUUAUCGAUAAAUAUAUUCACAGCUGUAUUGGCUGUGAAUGCGGUUUCUUCAGAGAGAAAAGAUAUAGACUACAUGUUUCAUCCGUCCAAUAGACAGCAGCUCAGAAGAUUAAUCACAAACUUACAGAGAGCUACAUUUCAUUGGAGUGGUUUCAAACAAGAAGACGUAGAAGCGUUGAUUCAUGUGUGCAAAGUAUGUCUAGAGAAAAAAGGGCCUGAUAGGCUGUGGGCAUAUAGUCCAGCAGAUCGAGCCUUAUUGAAGAAGUCAAGAGAUAUUGCCCAACUUGCCCUUGAUAAUCCUAGAUGGAGAACAAUGUCUCUCUUACAUGAAAUGAACUUUUUCAUAGAUGGUUUACCUGACAUCUUCACCAAAACAUUUGGGAUUGGGGUUCUCAAAUCAACCAAUGCUGAGGGUGUUGAGAAUGAUAUUGGUGUAUUUGGAGCUCCUCAUCUACAUUGCUUGCAGGAGUUUUUCUACAAGAACAGAUUCAUGAAUAUGAACGAUGGAGAUACGCUUUUAGAGAAGUUGGACGCAGUCUCCAAACCUUUCUGGUCCAAUUAUUGGGAAGAUACCAUGAAGAAGAACAACCAAAAGUUCAAUAAACCUGAUAAAAAGGAAGAAGCAGAACCUGCUUCUGCUCCAUCCACCCCUAAAAAGAGACGAAAUUCCCUUUCGAAUGCUCUGAAACCCAAAAGCUCUAAACCUAAAGAAGCACAGAACUCCAAGAGCGAACUUGAAAGAGAGGAUGGUGAAGGUUUGAAAAUCACUAACGAAGUCAAUACUCUUCAUUCUCUUGCCAAGCAUAACAUCUCCUACGAGUCUAUCAAGAACUCUAUAAUUCUUGGAACAGCUUCUGCAAAACUAUCGUAUCUUUCCAGUAAGCUAUUAGAAAACCAACAGAAGAAGAUCAAGUCAAUCGUGUUCUUUGAAUUUGAAGAUAGUGCUUACUACUUGACCGAGUUAUUGGAUAUUCUUGGGGUCAACUACAUUCUUUAUGCUACAUUCAUAAACACCACUCAUAGGGCAGAAAAUCUCUCCGAGUUCAGCAAUUACAAUAGUGAAGACAAUGGUGGUAUUACCUUGUUAAUGGACUUGCGACUUGCUGCUCAUGGUUUGACUAUCAUUGCUGCCACAAAUGUGUACUUUAUCAGUCCCGUGUGGCAACGAUCUGUCGAAGCUCAGGCAAUCAAAAGAGCUCAUAGAAUCGGACAAACUAAAGAAGUUCAUGUGGAAACACUAGUUUUGGAAGACACUUUAGAGGAAGAAAUCUAUAAAAGACGUUUGCUGCAGCAAGAAGAGAAAAAUGAUGGAGAAAACAAGAAAAGGUACGUUAUUGAUGAUACGGGGAUGCAAGACUUUAUUCUUAGACACCGUUUCUUGCCUAUGGACUCAGAAACUGAAUAUGCACCAUUUUCGGCACCGACAAAUUCACCACGCUCAUUUGUUACAAGGCAAGAACUCGAUGACCCAUCUGGAUUAAACCAACAUGAGGAUACUGUAGUGGAUGUGAAUGGCAUUAUGACUAGAAACUGGAAAGUGUUUGCUUUCAACUCAGACAAUCUCAGUAAGCUCAAUUCGCUCAAGAACCAAAAGAUCACCAAAGAGUACAUGAAAGACCAGUUCAUAAAGAACAUGGCCAGCGAGCAGGAUGCGCAAGAGGUUGAGGCCCCAAAGGUUAAGAAAGAACGUCCUGCAAGAAAAAGCGUCAGAUUUUAGUAUGACUUAUGUAUUAAUGUUACAAUGAAGGGAGUCUUAUAACUCCCUGACGAUUAAAGUGCCGUCCAAUGACGUCGAAAUCACUAUGUUCUCCGAAGGAUGGAAUGUCACAUCAAGGGUUGAGGCCUCAUGACCUUCAAACUUAUUAAGAAUUCUUCUGGUUACGACGUCCCACACGGUAACAGUUUUAUCAUCAGAACCUGACGCAAUACGUGAACUAUCACCACUGAAACAAGCACGUAUCAAUUUGUACUCGUUACCCGAUGGAGCACCAUCGUAGACGUAGGGGCUAGACCGUGAAACGUUUUCAGGUAGAAAUUCUUUGGCAUUAUAGGUGCUUACAGCUCCGCGAGUAGAGCGAGACACAAGCAUCGAAUUAUCAUUGUUGAUAUCCAACGAAGUGAUCGAGUCAAUUGUACUGGAUGUCGUCCAAAGCAGUUUGUCGGUGGCUCUGGUAUCGUAUGCUUGAAUAGUUGGGUCAAUUCCGGAAAAAAAAAUAUUCCCCAGGCUGCUUAGACAACAUGUCCAUACUGGGAACUUUGUACUGAUCGUGCUAAUUGAGUUCUUCUCUCGAAAAUCCCAAAGCUUUACUGUCCCAGCAUCAUCACAUGAUGCUAGGAGUGUUCCGUUGUACCGAACCUGGUUGAUUAUGGUACUGUUCCUAUAGUUUCUUAUUUUCUGCCCCGUUUCUCCAUCCCAUAUAGCCAUCGUAGAGUCGGCACUGCCACUUACUAUAUUGCCGUUCAUCCAGCAUACCGACGUAACAGCCGCCUUGUGGCCUCGUAUGCAUCCCAAGUUGACGUCGUUGUCGUCAGUAGGAAGUUUCCAUAUGUUGAUGGUCUUAUCAUCACCUCCAGAAACGAUCAACUCCAGAUUGAUGGCAGCAGAGUACACCGGUCCUUGGUGGCCCUCGAGUACCACUGCUCGGUUGUAGAGUAUCUUACCGCUGUCAACAUCGUCAGAUACUUUCAGCAAUGCCAAAUUGUUGGCUAUCUUCUGUUUCUUCACCACAGACAUUGAUUGGGAAGUAUCUAAAUCGC